AUGGCAACGGAAAAGAUGGAAGAACCUCCAGUUUCAUGGCGCUUGACGGCGAGCAAGAUACCCCCUUACGAUGGCCCGCCCAGAAACAUUGCUACCAUCGAUGCCCUGGACUUUGGAAUCAACCUGACCCCUAAGAAGUAUGAGAUAGCAGGAACCCAUCCAGACUCCAAGAUCAUGUUCCUAGAUGUUGACAUUUUGGACUCUACCGGUAAACUACCAUAUCGUGGCGAUGUUCUCAUCGAAGGAGAGAGAAUAACUGCUGUCGGUACCAUUCCGGGGAAAGAAGAACUGAAGAAGAAUCCGCGGGUGCGGAAGAUACUCGGACGUGGCCGCACGUUAAUGUCCGGUCUUGGUGAUGCACAUACGCAUCUCUCCUGGAACGGAGGCGAUCUUGACCGGCUAGGUCAGCUUGCCGUUGAGGAACAUACCUUGCUCACGGCCAGGAGUGCUCAUUGUUAUGCUGACUCCGGUUACACAAUGUGUUUUGGAGCUGCUGCGGCUAAAGAUCGAUUGGAUGUGGUGAUCCGUGAUUCUAUCAAUGCUGGCGAUAUACCUGGCCCAAGGUGCCUAGCUAAUGGGAUGGAAAUUGCCAGGAGUGAUGGAGAACUGGUAGCUGGCAUCACUGCAUUUGCUGACGGGCCGGAGGAAAUGAGAAAGGUUAUCAAGCACCAUGCCGAGCUUGGGGUUGACCAGAUAAAGCUUAGUAUGUCUGGUGAGGAGAUCACGGAAACGAGGCAUGCGCAAGACUGCUACUUUACCGAUGAAGAGACGGCUGCUUGUGUCGACGAGGCCCAUAAGCGUGGUAUACGCUUAUGUGCACAUGCCCGGGCUCGGGACUCGGUGAAGAUGUGUGUUAAACAUGGAGUUGACGUGAUAUACCAUGCCUCAUACAUCGACGACGAAGGAAUGGAUAUGCUUGAGAAAAAUAAAACAAAACACAUCGUUGCACCGGCCCUAAACUGGCUGGUCAAUAUAUUCACCGAAGCAGCGAAGUUUGGUUACACUCCUGAAAAGGCGGAGGAAGUCGGAUAUCGGAAAGAAAGGGAGGCUGCACUUCUAGCUCUACGGGAAAUGCACAGACGUGGUAUCGUCAUAUUACCAGGAGGUGACUACGGCUUCGCCUGGACCCCUCAUGGCACCUACGCUAGAGAUCUCAUGCACUUCCAGGACCUUCUAGGCUUCACAUCCCAUGAAAGUAUUAUUUCUGCCACCGCAGGAGUAGCAAAACUGUUCAUGCGCGAAUAUGAACUGGGCAAGAUCCUUCCCGGCUAUUAUGCAGAUUGCAUAUUGGUGGACGGAAAUCCACUGGAAGAUAUUGCUGUUUUACAGGACCACGGAAAGCUAGACGUCAUUAUCAUUAAUGGGCGAGUACAUAAGAUCGGUAAGAAAGACGGUGCUGGGCGGGUCGCUGCCGGUGCAGAAGGAGAGAGCAAUGGCAGCGAGAACGGUGUAGGGGACGGAGAGAAUGACCAGGAGGAAUUUCCAGAAGUUAAAAGGAGUAUGCAGAAGCAGUAUUGA